GAGUGGCUGCAAAAUAUUUUUUUUAGUAGACCAAUGAAAAACCGCGUGUUUGAUUCAAAAUGGGCAGCCAUGUUGCUGCCAAGUCGUAUAUUGCAGUACUAAUUUUUGUUUUGGUUUUCUCGUUUCAGGAUAGUCAGGGUCUAUCCUCAUUUGGAAACUCACCAUGGGAGCCUAUCGCUACGUGCAGGAGCUCUACCGGAAGAAGCAGAGCGAUGUGAUGCGCUAUCUGCUGCGUGUCCGCGUCUGGCAGUACCGCCAGAUGACCAAAUUCCACCGGGCUCCAAGGCCAACCCGCCCGGACAAGGCUCGCCGUCUAGGCUACAAGGCCAAGCAGGGCUUCUCGAUCUUCCGCAUCCGGGUGCGUCGUGGUGGCCGCAAACGCCCAGUUCACAAGGGUUGCACCUACGGCAAACCGAAGAGCCACGGUGUCAACCAGCUGAAGCCGUACCGCUGCCUGCAGUCGGUCGCUGAGGAACGCGUCGGUCGCCGGCUCGGAGGUCUCCGGGUGCUGAACUCGUACUGGAUCGCCCAGGAUGCCGCCUACAAGUACUACGAGGUGAUCAUGGUCGAUACCGCGCACAACGCCAUCCGCCGGGACGCCAAGGUCAACUGGAUCGCCAACGCGGUGCACAAGCACCGGGAGCUGCGCGGUCUCACCUCGGCCGGCAAGAGCAGUCGCGGUCUGGGCAAGGGCUACCGGUACGCCCAAACCAUCGGAGGAUCCCGACGGGCUUGCUGGCGCCGUCGCAACCGUCUGCACAUGCGCCGUUACCGUUAAGCGAGAACCGGCAAAGACGGUAUUCGUUAAUUGGGGCGAUACAGUAUGCCAUUUACUGGAUCUAUUGUUUUUCUUAAGGAGCAUAAUAUAAGAAACUUGAAACAUCCAAA